AAUUGUCCUUUUUUAGACUCAGGAGGGUCAGGUGAUGUGCUGCUGGCGGGAGAGCUGAAAAAUGUACUAUCAAACAUAUCCUCUCCCCUCGCUGUGCUGACCUCCGAGGUGUUGGACCCGUCCACUCUCAACAAAGUCGCUGAGUUCCUUGUAUCAGAAUUGCAAGCAGCUCACAUUAUCAAGUACAAAGAGUCAGAUCCUGACGAGCGGGCGACAGAAGCGGACUCUGAAAAAGAGCAGCGAGUUGAAGAUCUGAGCCGUGACUUUUGUGAGGAAAACGAAGGCGAUGAUGGUUCGGGUGAAAACAGGAGGAAAGCAGAGAUGCAAGCAGAAUGGAUUUUACUUCUGCGUGCUCUCAACAUGGACGCCUCCUCUCUGUUUGAGGACGUUUUGAACGAGGUGAGUGAGAGGCUUUCUCGCCUACCAAGUGGAGACAUGACCAAACCUCUUCUCAGCACCAGCCUCAGCUCAGAGCAGUGGCUUCAAGUGAAAAAAAUGAAUGAAAUUCUGUCCGAGGACUAUCGGCGUCGGCGACAAAUGAUGGUCACGCGCUUUCAGGUUACGCUUGAAUCAUUUGCAUGGGGAGAGAAACAAAAGGUAGGAAUGUUAAAUAACUCUGUUCAUCAUUUGCCUGUUAGCUGGGUUAUUUUACUUUGAGCCUUGGUUCAUCUCUUCAGUCUAUUCCCUUUUAAUAAGAAAAUCUUAGUUCAGCAGUGGUAGUGCAUGAGGAAGCUUUGGACUGCCCAUCUACCUGCAGAGGGCGUCUCCUGUCAGAUGUGGGCCCUAUAAAAAUUGUGCUCUUGUGGCUCUUGCCUGUGCUAUUGCCAGUCUGCCAGCCAGCUGCAGACAAGAGCGAAGUUCUAACAUGCAAAGAGCUGAAGUGAAACAGAAUGUUAAAAACAAUGAAAAGUGUGCACUGUAGCCCCUUCCUCAGCUUUUCAUAAUGUAUUUUUUCCACUUCUGGUGAACUCUGCUGUUCCUUAUUUCGGCCCACUUUUCAACCAAUCAGCAUUUAACUGAUGCACAGUGUCUUCCACAUGGGGCACUGCACAGUUGAGAUUUUGUUCAAUUGCAAUGGUGGUUUAAAAACCCGUCUCCAGAGGCAAAUACUGACACAACCUUGGUCGCAUACCGUAAUUUAAGCAUAAGGCAGAUUUCUUCUACUUGGGUGCCCCUCGCAAACAGAAGCUUUGA